CUUUACAACGUAUGUGGUUUUGGGAAUUUAAGUCGUUUAAUUGGGUACAAUUGUUCAAUUAACGUUAUAGUUUUUAAUUAUUUAUGUAGUUUUAAAUAAUUAUUAAAUACAACGUUGAGACAUUUAUAUACCACUUAGGGACGUUCUUUUUGGGAAUCAACACACGAGUCUUUGUGCGUCUAAUUUCUCUCCGUGACUAACGUUAUGUAUAUCGUGAAUCAACACGAAUUUAGUCACUUAAAAAUAAUGACGGGAGAAAUUCUCAUUAAUUGAACAAAAUGUUUCGUAAAAUGAUUCAAAGUUUCGCAGCGCUCGAAAGACUGCACGUUGGCGACACCAGAUGGUCAAAGCGUUGCAAAUGCAAAGAAAAAACAAAACACAGGUAACCUCCCUGAGAAACAACUGAGAUCAACUUGACAUACUAUUAUAAAGAUGGCGUUUAUUAAAGAGGAGGUAGAAGACAUGAAGAUCGAGGAAGCAGUCCAAGUGAAACAUGAAGAUACAGAAGAACAAACAGGCCUGUUAGUGCUGAAAGAGGAGGGUCAAGAACUGAAUGAAAUAGAAGAGAAAGAUGAGAAGCAUCUUGAUUGUAUGAUUGGAGGAAAAUCCCCACAUACUAAAGAUACUUCCUCAAGAGAAAGAGCUCAACAGAAGGCAACUAGGAGUUAUUUCACCUGCGUUCAGUGUGGUAAGAGUUUCAAUCAACAUGGAAACCUUGAAGUACACAUGAGAAUUCACAAUGAAGAGAGCUCUUUCACCUGCCAACAGUGUGAAAAGAGUUUUACUGAGAAAGGAAAUCUCAAAAGCCAUAUGAGAAUUCACUCUGGAAAGAGAGAGAAGCCUUUCACAUGUGGACUGUGUGGAAAAAGCUUCAUACGAGAACUAAACCUUAGAUAUCACAUGAACAAUCACACAGGAGAGAAGCCGUUCACAUGUGAUCAGUGUGAAAAGAGUUUCACACGUAAAAUAGGUCUUAAUAGCCACAUGAGAAUUCAUUCAAGAAAAAAAUGUUUUAAAUGUAACCAGUGUGGAAUGAGUUUCCCAGACAUGGAUCAUCUUAAAAGGCAUGUAAUAAUUCACUCUGGAGAGAGGCCUUUCACAUGCAAGCAGUGUGGAAAGGGUUUCAAAUUCAAUAGAAACCUUAAGACACACAUGAGAAUUCACACCGGAGAGAAGCCUUUCAUGUGCCAUUACUGUGGAAAGUGUUUCGGUCAUAAUGUAAGCCUUAAGACUCACUUAAGACUUCACACGGGAGAGAAGCCUUACACAUGCUCUUUGUGCAGUAAGAGUUUCACAUACAAAUCAACCCUCAAUGCCCACAUGAGAACUCACACUGGAGAGUGCCCUUUCACAUGCAAACUGUGUGGAAAGAGCUUCUCACAAAAAGGAAAUCUACAGACUCACAUGAGAAUUCAUACUGGGGAGAAGCCGUUCUUGUGUGGUCAGUGUGGAAAGAAUUUCAGAUGUAAAGUAACGCUUAUUUACCAUAUGAGGAUUCAUUCAAGAGAGAACAGUUUUAAAUGUCAGCAGUGUGGAACAAAGUUUACAGACAGUAAACACCUUAAAGAUCAUGUAAUAACUCACAUCGGAGAGAAGAUUUUCAUUUGCCAUCACUGUGGGAAGUGUUUCAAACUUAAAGGAAACCUGAAGACUCACAUGAGACUUCACACGGGAGAAAAGCCAUUCACAUGCAAACAGUGUGGAAAGAGUUUCAGACAUAAUGUAAGCCUCCAGACUCACACAAGACUUCACACUGGAGAAAAGCCAUUCUCAUGUUUUGAGUGUGAGGACAGUUUCACAUACCAAAGAGAUCUGAAGCGCCAUUUACAAACUCAUUCUGUAGAGAAACUGCAGUCUGACAAGAAGUUCACAAAAAAGAGCCAUUUAAAAUAUCCCCUGCCCAUUCACCCUGGAAGAAGGCGACUUAAUUGUGAUCAGUGUAAUAAAACAUUUCUUUUGCCAUCUCUCUUAAAGAUACACCUGAAAAGUCAUGCAGAUUUAAGACCCUAUUUGUGUUUCUUGUGUGGAAAGAGUUUUAAAUGGCUCAGAAAUUUUAAAUGGCACCAGAAAAUACGUGUCUGUAUGAAAUCAAGGCUCCGUUCACACUGCAGCUGAAUGUAGCCAAAAUCUGAAUUUUCUGCUCAAAAAUGAUUCCUUUCCUGUCAUUUCAAAUAUUGAUCCGCUAUGGUAGGCCACAAAUUAAAAAGUUGAGUUAUCUUAAAAUAAUAAGGUAAUUUGCUGCAAAGCAAUUUUGAGUUUACUUAACUUCUGUAAUUAAAGUUUUGCCAAAUCAUUGUAGAAAGUUGAUUGAAACUGCUAGGUUAAGUUAGGUAUACCUUCCUCAGUAAGUACAUCUAACUAGACAUCCUGAGUUUGUUUAAAGUUAAAAAGGGGGUUAAGUGAACUUUAAGAAAUGAGAAGGGAAAACUCCAGAUCCCCAUCUUCAUCCCUUUUGUGUAAGUAUCUUCUGGGUCUGUGUCCUGGAGCAAAAAAAACAAAACAACAAAGACAGAAUCGAAAUCCAUUUUUUUAAUUAAUUUAAUUAUGCUGGACAACAAAGAGUUUUUUAUAUUGUUUGGUCAUUUUACAUCGUGUUCGCUUGGAUAUAACACUUUUUUUAAUUUGUGCUGUCACUGAGAAUGAUUCAACUUGGAUUAUUCAAUAAAUAAAUUUUUCACACGCUUUGUCUUAUAGAACAGUCAGCAGAUUACAGGGUGUCCGCGGGGUUUUAAAAAGUAUUAAAAAGUGAUAAAUCAAAAUGGUCAAAUUUAAGGCCAUUUAAAGUGUUAAAUGUGGUCUCAGAGGUAUUAUUUUUUUCCAAAUUAGGUAUUAUUUUUUCCAGACUAUCAGGUGUCUUAUUCUGAUUGAAAUUCUAUCUGCGUUCGUGUUAGUUCGUUUAUAUGGGCUUUAGCAUAUCUGGGCACAUAAUCAAAGAUCUUCCGUCUCCGUCUCAUGCUGACGUCAUAUUCAGUGGUCGUUCGGCAUCAUCUCAGAACACUGCGCGCUCAACAGAAGUGGCUGGCUUACGUUUUAUUUUAGACUUGCUUCAAGGCAUAUCUUCAAUGACUGGACAACCAUCGUCGUCUUCAUGGACAAAUGCAAGUUUUCUAAUAGCUGGGUUAACGACCGGUAGUACCGAGGUCCCGUUCAAACCCGGUUCUUGACGCAUACAACGCUAUGAUUUCCGCGAAGCAGAAAACGAGUACGGAAUCUCAAAAUCCAGUCAUGUAAAUGAAACUUACAUUUUAAUAUGGACAGUCAUGGAAUUUGUGAAAGCAUAAAUUAAUCAAAUCAAAUCUCCAUAUGGACCAGUAUCUGUAAAUGUUAAGCCGCAAAAGUUGUUUGAAAUAUGAAUCCGUGUUCUGCGCGUCUCUGUGUGAAUGAUCGAAUGGCAGAGACGUGCAGGUUUAUUUACUACAUAGACUGAAGCGCAUGACGCUUGCAUUAAUUUCAGCAUCUGUUGUCUUCUCCUGUCAAAAUAAUCGAGUUAAUUUAGAAUUAUUCAUAUUCAUUUUCGAAAAAGCAGAAGACAUACCGGUUUCUCCGGUAGUGGGCGGAGCUAAUGGGCAAAUAGAAAUUUCAAAAUGACAAAUAUGCAUUCAUUAGGCCUAAAAGAAAAUUUUUACAUAAGGGCAUUGUGCUAGAAAUAUUACUAUUAUUUAGUAAAACGUAUGUGAUACUGCUACCACUGUUGCAAAAAAAUAAAAAACUUUAUUUAAAAAAAAAAAAAAAUCUCAAUAUUUCUCCCAUGUUUUAAUUUUAAUAGCAAAUCCCCUUUAUUUACCAAACAUAAAAUGUGUUUAAAUUUGAUAAAUUAAAAGACAAAUUAAAUUUGGGUGAAACUUGUUUACUGUUUUUCAUAAUUAUAUAACUUGUAGAAAAACUUUAAACACAAUUCUAAAUAAGUAUAAAGAAUGGCAUUGGUUUUAUUUUUAGUGCUAAAAAGUUAUUUUUUUUUUAUUAGCAAAUUUUUGUGUUUUGCUUUGGUACCGAAAUUGGUACCGAGAACCGUGGAUUUUCACUGGUAUCGGUACCGAAUACUGAAAUAUUGGUACCGUGACAACACUAACAGGCAGGCUUAUUGUUCGGUCUAUCCAUUUUCUCCAUUGCACAUUUUAUGGUAUUUGUUUUAUUUUUAUUUACUAAGUGAAAUAAAUGUGCAAUAUGCUGUCAA